AUGUUGGGCUUGCGUCAAAAGGAGCCUCUUCAGAGUGAGGCCUUCAUUAACACAAAUCCCUCUGAGGAGUCUCUGUGGACCAAAUCCCCAGAACAAAGGAAAAGCCUGGCUUUUAAGAGUGGGUCCUCCACCCCAGAGUCUAGCUUUAUCAAGCUGACAAGAAAAAACAAAAAUAGAGACAGCAGACUGGACAGCUGUGGCUUCACACCUGCCAGCUGCCACCUCCUGGUCUCAGCCCUUUUCAGCAACCAGAACUUGACUCACCUGUGCCUGUCAAACAACAGCCUGGGGACUGAAGGAGUGCAACAGCUGUGUCAGUUCCUGAGGAAUCCAGAAUGUGCUCUCCAGCGGCUGAUCACUGCAGUAUCUGUGAAAUGUUUGUAUCACCUCGGAGGAUGUAGUGGGAAUGAAAUAAACACAGAGCAUUUAGAAAAGCAUCAGGAAGUCACGUCGAUCAGUGUGGAAAGAAAAAUGACUUCUCCAGAAAACGAUAGUAAAUCAAUCCAGAAAGACUAAGGACCAGAGGUUGAGCAGACAUCAGAAAGCACAAUGUCUCCUUCAGAAAAUGACAGUAGAGCAAUCCUGAAAGACAAUGGAUCAGAAGAAGUGGAACAGACUUCAGAAAGCACAAUAUCUCCUUCAGAAAAUGACAGUAAAACAAUCCUGAAAGACCAUGGAUCAGAAGAAGUGGAACAGAUGUCAGCUAGAGACAUGAGUUCAGAGGAAUAUGACACUAUCAUCCUGAAAGACAAAAGAUCAGAGCAAGAGCAGACAUUAGAUAAUGGAGGUUACCUACAAGACUACAAGACCCAUAUGAUAGCUAAGUUCGACACAAGUGUGGAUCUAUACUAUGACAGCCCAGAGGUGAAAUUAUUGUCUGAUGCUUUUAAACCAUACCAGAAAACCUUCCAGCCUCACACCAUUAUCCUACAUGGAAGACCAGGAGUUGGAAAGUCAGUUUUAGCCAGAAGUAUUGUUCUGGACUGGGCACAGGAUAAACUCUUCCAAAAAAUGUCCUAUUUUGGUACAGUUAAUUUCUCUGUUAGAGAAAUAAAGUGGACAGAGAAGAGCAGUUUGGUACAGUUGAUUGCCAAGGAGUGGCCAGACUCCUGGGCUCCAGUGACAAACAUCAUGUCUCAACCAGAAAGACUCUUGCUUGUCAUAGAUGGCUUGGAUGAUAUGGACUCUGUCCUCCAACAUGAUGAUAUGACACUAUCCAGAGACUGGAAGGAUGAAUAGCCCAUAUAUAUCCUGAUGUACAGCCUCCUGAGGAAGGCCCUCCUACCCCAGUCCUUUCUCAUCGGUACCACCAGAAACACAGGCUUAGAAAAACUCAAGUCAAUGGUUGUGUCCCCCCUCUAUAUACUGGUUGAAGCACUGUCUGCAUCAAGGAGAUCUCAGCUGGUCCUCGAGAACAUCUCGAAUGAGUAUGAGAGAAUGCAAGUCUUCCACUCUCUGAUAGAAAAUCACCAGCUGUUUGACCAAUGCCAGGCCCCCUCUGUGUGCUCCCUGGUGUGUGAGGCUCUACAGCUACAGAAGAAUUUGGGAAAGAGAUGCACCCUACCCUGCCAGACUCUCACUGGUUUGUAUGCCAUGUUGGUGUUCCACCAACUCACCUUGAGAAGGCCUUCCCAGAGCGCUCUCAGUCAGGAAGAACAAAUUACUCUAGUGGGUUUGUGCACGAUGGCAGCUGAAGGAGUGUGGGCCAUAAGGUCGGUGUUCUAAGAUGAUGACCUGAAGACCUAUAGCCUAAAGAAGUCUGAGAUCUUGACCCUCUUUCACAUGAACAUCCUUCUCCAGGUUGGCCACAACAGUGAGCAGUGUUAUAUUUUCUUCCACCUCAGCCUGCAGGAUUUCUUUGCUGCCUUAUAUUAUGUUUUAGAAGGGCUAGGGGAAUGGAAUCAGCAUCUUUGCUUCAUUAAAAACCAAAGGAGCAUCAUGGAGGUGAAGAGAACCGACAAUACUCACUUCCUCAGGAUGAAGCGUUUCUUAUUUGGCCUCAUGAACAAGGAUAUCUUGACUCUGGAGGUUCUGUUUGAAUGUCCCAUGAUUCCAACUGUUGAGCAGGAGCUCCAACACUGGGUCUCUCUGAUAGGUCAGCAGGUCAAUGGCACCAGCCCGGUGGACACCCUGGAUGCCUUCUAUUAUCUUGAGUCUCAGGACUUUGUUCACAUGGCUCUCAACAGCUUCCAAGAAGUGUGGCUGCUGAUUAACCAGAAGAUGGACUUUAAGGUAUCUUCCUACUGUCUCAAGCAUUGUUAGAACUUGAAGGCAAUCUGGGUGGAUAUCAGAGACCUCUUCUCAGUGGAUAACACUCAUGAGCUGUGCCCUGUUGUUGCUCUCCAAGAGACACAAUGUAAGCCCCUCCUCAUGGAGUGGUGGGGAAACUUCUGCUCUGUGCUUGGCAGCCACUGGAACUUGAAGGAGCUGGACUUGGGUAACAGCAUCCUGAGUCAAUGGGCCAUGAAGAUACUGUGCCUUGAGCUGUAGAAUCAGUCCUGCAGAAUACAGAAGAUGACCUAAGUGUUUAAGAGUGCAGAGGUAGUGUCUGGCCUGAAACAUCUCUGGAAGCUCCUUUUUAGCAAUCAGAUUUACCUCAAUCUAGGGAACACUCCCAUGAAGGAUGAUGACAUGAAGUUAGCCUGUGAAGCACUGAAACAUCCAAAGUGCUCCCUGGAGACUCUGAGGUUGGAUUCCUGUGAGUUAACCCUCAUUGGCUAUGAGAUGAUCUCCACGCUUCUUAUUUCAUCCUCCAGCCUAAAGUGUCUCAGCCUGGCCAAAAAUACAGUGGGAGUAAAAAGCAUGAUAUCCCUUGGGAAUGCCUUGAGUAGCUCAACGUGUCCACUGCAAAAGUUGAUACUGGACAGCUAUGGCCUCACACAUGCCAGCUGCCACCUUCUGGUCUCAUCCCUUUUCAGCAACCAGAACUUGACUCACCUGUGCCUGUCAAACAACAGCCUGGGGACUGAAGGAGUGCAACUGCUGUGUCAGUUCCUGAGGAAUCCAGAAUGUGCUCUCCAGCGGCUGAUACUGAAUCACUGCAACAUUGUAGAUGAUGCUUACAGCUUCCUGGCAUUGAGACUUGCAAACAACACAAAGCUGACGCACCUGAGCCUGACCAUGAACCCUGUAGGGGAUGAUGCAAUGAAGCUACUGUGUGAAGCUUUAAAGGAACCUACUUGUUACCUUNAAGAACUGGAACUAGUGGACUGCCAACUUACACAGAACUGCUGUGAGGACCUGGCCUGUAUGAUCACAACAACCAAGCACUUAAAAAGUUUGGAUCUUGGUAACAACACCCUGGGUGACAAAGGAGUCAUAACCCUGUGUGAGGGACUGAAGCAAAGUAUCAGCUCCCUGAGGAGACUUGGGUUGGGGGCAUGUAGGUUGACUUCCAAAUGCUGUGAGGCAUUGUCAUUGGCCCUCUCUUGCAACCCUCACCUGAACAGUCUAAACCUGGUGAAGAAUGACUUCAGUACAUCAGGGAAGUUGAAGCUGUGCUCUGCGUUCCAAAGCCCUGUCUCUAACCUGUAGAUAAUUGGGUAA